CACCGAUCAACUUUAAUUCAUCUGCCUCACCCUUCCUUUUAAACCAUCCCAAUGAUUUGAAUAGACACAUUCACCGAAUAAGUCGACCCACUAUUCUAUUCAUCACCGGUUCGAGUACUAUUGAAAAUCCUGAUGAUCCCCGCUGCGGCAGAUCCGUCCGACUGAGUCAGGCAGACUGGUGCCACCCUAUUGUUCUGCUUUGGUUACUCCCAUUCAUGACUUGGAACAAUCGAAAGAGCUUGGUGGAUCGAAACACAGGGUUUCUAGCAGCAUUGGGAUUAUGUGGAAUCUCCAGAAAAAUCUCCAGAAAAUCAUUGCAUUGCGCGAGGGUUUAGAUAGCCAAAAGAUACCAGGACAUUCCUCUUUUCGUUGUCUCCCAGGCACUUCUGUCCGACAGCAAAUUUGAAGAGCUUUCGCUGGCUCACCGACGUGACACUGAGAACCCUCAGUUCGUCUACAUGCUACCAGCCCGUUUGACUGAUUUGAGCCUCGGUCGGGUUCUGAUCUACUCCCACUUUUCUCAAUCUCCGUCUGCGGUCUGAUCUCUUUUACUCCAUCAUCAUGUCUGGGUUGCCCUCUGACGAGGUUGCUGAAGACUACAAAGGUUCUCUGGAAGAUCUUGUGACCAACGACAGAUAUCAAAUCUCCAACCUCACGUUGAUCGCAAAAGAGAAUAUUGAACACGCUGAAGCGAUCUCGCGAGUUCUACAAAAUCACAUUAAUCGAGCUCCUCCAGCACGGAAACUGCCAGCGCUGUAUGUGCUGGACUCGAUUGCCAAAAAUGUGGGAUCGCCUUAUACCGUAUAUUUCGGCCGCAAUCUUCACCAGAUUUUCAUGCUUGCCUAUUCCCAGGUCGAUGGCAAUGUUCGGCGGAAGCUGGAGGAGAUGCUGAAAACAUGGCGAGAACCCGUUCCCGGCUCCCUAUCCACGACACCUGUUUUUCCUCACCCUAGCACGCAGACGAUAGUCGAUAGCCUGAACAAGUUUCGGGGUCCCACGCCAUCAGCUAGCCGCUAUCAGUCUACUCCAGUGCAUGCCGCUCCAGCAAGAGUAGCGUCUGCCCAGCCUUACCGUCAUACGCCCACACCUCCUCAGAGUCUACCACCUUUCAAUCCAGUUAUCCCUUCGCACAUCAGAAGUCCGCAACCCCAAGCAGCAACACCCCAGCAAGCAUACCAACAGACUCCGCCUACCUCUUACGCUCAGCCAUAUCCAGCUCAGAUGAACCCGUUCUACCCUCAGCUCCCUCAGACUUCGCAAUUCCCGGCGCCCACUCCGCAACCUCGACCUGUCUCUGCCGGAUCUGUAGACCUCCAGAAAUUGCAUGCCGACAUUGACGACCUGACGACUGACGCGAAGAUCGAAUGUGCCACUCACCCUAUGGAUCAAGCGGCACAGAGAAAGUUGGCCAGCCUACAAACCUUGAAAGAGAUCCUCGACAGUGGGAACGCGUCUGAAAGCGACUUGGUCGAUAUCCGGAACACCAUUAUGCAGAAGAUGGCCGAGAAAUUAGCAGCUGCUCAAGCCGCCCCAGCCCAACCACCAUUUCCAGUACUGCCGGCUAACCCUCUAUCGAGCACAUAUAUGCCGCCACAACCCCCUGUCCCGCCAUCGGCUCCAAACGCUCUGUUCAACAGUACCAACUUGGCUGAACUACUACGGGCCACUGUCGGUCAGCCGCAACAAGCCGCAACACCGCCGAAUUACUAUGCGCCCCAACCUAGUAUCAGCGCUCCUCAAGGCGGUCCACAAGCCCCUCCACCAGCCUCGGAAAAUCCGUUUCUUGCGCAACUACGUGCUUCAGGGCUUCUGUCCGCCGCGCCGACACCACCUUUGCCCACGCUCGCUUUUGGAAUGGAUAAAAUGUCCGAAGUCACCUUGACCUCUGCGUCGAUCAAGAUAUCACGCCCGCACUUGAUUUCCGCCUUUCUCAACGCUCGGCCGAAUCAGUGUAGCACAUGCGGCAAGAGAUUCACUUUAGACGAUAUAGGGAAGGAGAAAAAGGCGCGACAUCUUGAUUGGCAUUUCAAGACCAAAGCAAGAAUGCUCGAAGCCGAGAAACGUGGUCAAAAUCGGAGUUGGUAUGUCGAUGAACGAGAAUGGAUCGCGAGUAAAGAGUACGAGGACGACGCAGGACCAACAGAUGCAAAUGCCAAUGGUGCUGCAGCGGCUGAGAAGAAGAAGACUCAAGACUUUGUCCGGGUACCGGCGGAUCCUGUGCUGCGAUCGUUGCCAUGUCCGAUCGAUCAGGAACCGUUCAAGAGUGAGUGGAGCGAGGAGGUACAGGAUUUUAUCUGGAAGGAUGCCGUCCAUGUCGGUGGCCGCUAUUACCACGCCAGCUGUUAUGCCGAAGUAACAAAAGGUCGAGAGAAGGAGGGUGUCUCGACUCCUGUCGGCGGAAGCAGGAGGGUGGCGACUCCCGACUCGGUAUUGGGAAAGCGAAAGGCCGAGGUAUGAUGAUUUCUGUCUGCGUCAUGACAGAGUUGAAGUUGACCGGAAAGCAGGAUGUAUCAAAUGAGACCAAGUCCAGAAUCAAACUGGAAAGGGUGCAGCCAGUGUGAAGUUUGAAGCAGUCAAGAAGCGUUGAAUGGUGUUUCACGAGAGCGGCAUCUACAGACAUAUAACGAGAUACUAGGCAGUUGCAUUGCGAGCGAAGGGGUCUUACUAGAUCAUUGGGUUAUGAUGGGUUGGUUCCGAGCGAGCAUUGUGUGCUGGUAGAAAGAUGACAUGCGUCAAAAAUUACUACAAGUAACCACUACCAAUACCAUCAGGUAUAUCACAGUCACCACAGUACACAGCAGUUGUAUAAGUCUCGGACAUAAGCC